AGAGAGAGAGAGAGAGAGAGAGAGAGAGAGAGAGAGAGAGAGAGAGAGAGAGGCGCACUCAGGACGCAAACAGUCCUCCUUUAGUCCCUCCAGCCACGCAUACACUGGCAGAGCCGCCGCUGUCUGCUGUGGGUAGUACAGUACAUGUAGCUGCCCAGGAUUCUCAAACUACUCCAUUAAAGUCUGGGAUCUGAGAACAAGAGGGACCCGCGAAGAGGAGAACAGACGGCAUUUGUUUGGUGAUUUUCUGACUGUGUUGGCAGAGGACAGAGAUGAUGGGGAACAAACUCUGGAUUGCUCUUUGUGCGCUGCUCCUCAUUAAUGUGGGAUCCGCUGAUCAUGAUGACGGCCACACUGGUGCCCCCCCCACCUCAAGGAGUCCUACAGUUGCUGAGGUCAUGCCCAGUGCCCCAGCUGCAGACUCUCUACCUGCUUCCAGCCUCAACCAGACCAGUCAUGCUACUGCUGCAUCAUCUGCACUAAAUAGCUCCGACACAAAUGCAAGAUCUAAUGGCAACGCAACUACAAAUGGAGAAACCCCCUCUGUGAGACCCCAGCCAAAGAAUUAUAAUGACACGGAGGCUCCUGUCCCGGAGAAAAAUAAGAACCUGACAGAUCACACAACAUCACAGCCUCCAAGUCCCCAUUCUGAGAGCCACAUUCCCACCUCUCACGUUCCCCCUACCUCCACUGCUGCCAUCCCCGCACACACAACUCACACUGUCCCUGCAAACACAUCAACCACCACACCGCCCUCAAACACGACACACCACCCUGCAGGCCUACUUCCUGACUCCAUUACAUCAAGCCAGCCUGCUCACCCCAAAACACACUCACCCACCUCCUCCCCAACACCUAAAUCUGCCAUUACGACUACCAACAACCACUCCACUUCAACACCGAGCACCAGCUCCUCCCAAAAGCCCCCCAAUUCUCAGCCACCGACGCUCACACCACAACCAAACACUUCGCAGUCUGACAGGCCUCUUUCGGUCAGUGAAAUCCACCCCAAGACUACCAUCACCACGCCAACCAGCAUCUCUGCCCAGACCAAAGGCCAUGCAGACAACCCAUCCCAGCUCAACGUUGGGGGUGACACGACGAUGGCCCAUGAGUCUCCCACAUUAGACCCCCUCCUGGCUGGCCUGGUGUCAGCCUUCAUCAUCACUGCUGUCAUCAUCACUCUGCUCCUCUUCCUAAAGCUGCGACGGAGAGACAACAGACCAGAGUUCCGCAGGCUGCAGGACCUACCAAUGGACGAUAUGAUGGAGGACACACCAUUGUCCAUGUACAGCUACUGAUGGAGGCAUGACUGAACUUCUGGCGCUCAAAUACUCUCUACUAAUCCAGGCUCUCGCCACAACGGUCGGACCUGGUCUCUCUUCCUUAAUCUGCACCAAACAGAGAGAAUCCUGGGUAGGUGUAAGCAAAUUUCUGGGUUGCUUUAAUUUAUCCAGACGAUGGAGAUGUAGGAAAAGACAUGACAGAAGCUGCAAUGGACAAUGAAGACAUCGCCCACAUCAGGGUCCCUUUGGCAAACGUCUAUUUUGGUGUUUGUAAUUACAAAUUGAGCCAGUGCCUCUGUUCAUUACUGUGCCCUUAAUAUUUUUCAGCCCAUCUUUAGGGGUUUGGGGUUGUAUAAUAUAUUUUGAUUUCCCAAGAGUUGAGAAGGGUAAAGCAGGACGCAACAUCAUUAGUCGUACCCAUCACUUGGAUGGUUCACACCUGGACACAGAUUCAGCCUGUCCUGCCAGACUCUUACCUGAGCGCACUGGUCUAAUUUCCCUUUAUCAGUUAAUGUUGUAAAGUCUGGCAGAAAAGACGUCUUGUAGUAUGACGGCGAGGCCAGAAAAGUGAAAUGAACAUAGCAAACGGCCUGAUUAUAGUGUUAAUGAGGUUGCACUUUAGUUUUUCAAAAAUGGAAAAAAAAUGGACGAAUAUUUUUUUGUGUAUGAGAAAAUUUGAGUUUUGUGUUUGUACAUAAGUGCAGGCGUAGCUGUGUGUGCGUUUGUAAGUGUAUGUGCAGGUGUGUGAGUCUGUUAAAGGUGCAUGUAUGGUUUUUUGGAGGCAUGGCAGGGGUUAUUUAAGAGUUAGUUGUUUUUUUUCUGUGUUGAAGGUUCUGCUGUUCUUAGACCUGAGCUUGACAUGUGCAGUGUGAUUUUUUUCUUUGUUUGUUUCUUUCCUGGGGUCUUCAGUCCAGGAGAGAGUGCCUUACACAUUUUUAUUCCUACCAACUAGGUCAACCAGUCGUUCCCAGUACUGUGUGUGACUCAAAUUUAAGUGCACACUGAGUGCCAGGUAGCUGCUCUGACUUGCCUGUGUUUGAAGACUAGCCUUGAGCGUGUUCACCAUGAGGCACUCAUUCAAACCAUGACAGUUGCAGAAAUUGGCCAGUGGCUUUUCCACACAAUGUUAGCAUUGUCCUGUGCAUUGUAAAUACUACUGAUGAUUGCACCAUACAAAGACAACGUUACUAAACUCUUCAUCUUAUCUGCUGCUUCAGCAUUCACCAGACACAAACAUAUUGAAAAUGUUACAUGGACUGACCUGACAGCACCUUGUUCUCAGUAGGCAAGUUCACAAAUAUUCCAUUGAUUAUACUGCUUAUCAGCCUCGCUGUAUAUUUGCUUUGCAAAUGUGCAGGAAAUGUGAGUGCAAGUGAGACACAUACAGGACAACAGAACAAUCCACAUCAAUACAAAACAUAUAUUGCUCUUUAUUUGGAAAUGAGCCUAUGUAGCAACACAUCAAGAUGGCUACUGAUUUAAUAAGCCACCUGGAUAAUAAAGCUCAUGAAUUGGAGCUAAUACUUGAGUUUGAUAUUGAACAACUACAGAUGAGUGACGAAUUAAAGGAAAAAUCAACAAAGUGUCUUAGUAAGGUGUUGAGCUAUCAUGAACCUUCAGAGGACAUGUCUCAGUAACGCUACUAGAGAUAAACAUCAUUCUUCCAAAAGAUUUUUGUUGUUUUGAUGAUGGUGGUCAAACUGAUGUGCUCAGUUGGAUUGAGAUCUAAUCACUGUGAAGGCUUUCAGUGAACGCUUGUUUUUCCUUGUCACCCAUCUGUACAUCCAGUUCUAAUCUAAAUUAUACAUCAGAGAUUACUGAUAUUAGUGUUAACAAUGAUCUGUGAUGUCCUGGAUUUGUCCCUUGCUUUAAGUGUCAAAAGUGUCCUGAUGCAUACUGAGGCUUUGUUGCCAGAUGUGGAUUAUGAACUGUUGGUGUUUUAUGAUUAAAGGUAUUUUGAAAUCAA